AUGAGUCGUCAUUUGAAAUGCAUACAGCCAGUAAAGAAAACCCUAUAUAAAGUGCUAUUCUACAUGAUACUUACAUCUUGUAUUUAUAUAACAAUCUCUUUUCUCCCUAAACCAAAAAUAAUAUGUGGAGUUGACAACUACAGAAUCAGAGAUGUGGUAGUAUCUGACAGACAAAGUUCAGCUGAUAAUAAUUCUUUAGAAAAAAGAAAAGCAAUGACUGUUGGUCAAGAUGUUAUUGAUACUGCUAGAAGCAAAACACGUCAUAUGUUCUCUGUUUAUUCUCAGCGAAAGCACCCAGUCUUGUCAGAAUUUGGUAGUGCAGAGUUUUCUCCAAAAAAUCUGAUUGGAAAUUCCCUGGUGAGAAAAUUUCAUUUACAAAAUUGUAAUUUUUCACAUUUUGGGCGUGCUUGGGUAAACAGCAUUGUAGAUGCUGCUUCGUGCAUGGAAGGUUCACAUUUGCGAUUCAAGACAUUAAAACAAUAUCAAAAACUACCAGACUGUGUCAGGCUGAAAGUUCCUCAUGAUGCCCUGCCAACAAAGAUAUGUGUGCAUUAUCCUUCUGAUGACAACUUCAUUUCAAAUCGCUUAAGAGAUACAGGUAUAUGGGAACAAGAGCUGGUGUCUCAGAUGGGAGAAUUUUUUCAGAACAACCCAGACUCACAGCUUGUUGAUUUGGGAUGCAAUAUUGGAGUUUUCACUUUAUUUGCAGCAUCCAUAUCAAAACCAGUUUUGGCAGUUGACAUUCUACCAUCAAACCUUGCUCUCAUACAACUGUCCAUAGCCUUAAAUGAUGACAUCUUAGAACAAGUAAACAGCAGUGAUGAGAAUACUAGGGUGCUUCACCAGUCUGGACAUAACAAAGAAACUCCACCAAAAUAUUCUGACCUGAUAACUACAGUGCAUAAUGCAGUGUACUGCAGACAUGCCAAGAUGUAUGUUUACUUGAAGGAUGAUCUUAAUUUAGGUGGUACAGAAGUUAAAGAAAUUAAUAUUAAAAAUGAUAACCUAUUAAAUACCUUACAAAGGAUUACAAAAGCAGGAAAGCAAAAUCAUAGCAGAAGUGGACUUCAGGCAGACAGUCAGAUUGAAGAUGUUACAAAAAGUAAUGCCACAAUACUUGUAGAUGCCAUAUGUUUGGAUGAUCUUGUUCCAUAUGUCAGAACCAAUCUCAGUGUCUUUCUCAAAAUGGAUAUUGAGGGCUCUGAGCCAGAUGUUUUUAAAUGUGCACGAAACUUUUUCAUGCAUGUAGAUGUUAGAGUUAUUCUAAUGGAGAUUGCCUUUCACAAGUAUUCAGAUCAUGGCAAGACAAUGAUGACAUUCUUAUUACAACAUAAUAUGGUACCUUCUGAGGACGCUGCUGGCAGAAAAUUAUUAAAUACUGAUUUUAGCAGCCUGUAUAACUGGCCAGAUAAUGUUUUCUGGGUUAAAGUUCGAUAA